GUGAACUGUGAAGAGAAGGAGAGUAGGAGACAAAAAGAGAGUACAAAACACAAGCCGUCGGGCUUCUGGAAGAGAGAGAGAGAGAGAAAAAAAAAAAAAUGGAAAGAAAAAAUAAAUUCCAACGGUAGGGAUCCGAAGCGAAACACAUUUUUGCUUUCAAAUUCCCUUCGAUUCGACGAAUCAUUUUCUGGCGCCACCUUUCCCCGCCAAUUUUUAUUUAUUUUAAUCUCAUUCACCGGGUUUCAUGGCGGAGUCUGGAGCUCCAGGCACUCCUGAGAGUGUUCACUCGGGUGAACAAGGCGGCGGUGGCAGUGGUGGGGGUUCUCAAUCGGCUAGUUCUGCAACGAGAGAACAGGACAGGUUCCUUCCCAUUGCCAACAUAAGUCGGAUCAUGAAGAAGGUUGUGCCCCCCAAUGGGAAGAUCGCCAAGGAGGCCAAGGAUUGCGUGCAGGAAUGUGUCUCUGAGUUUAUCAGCUUCAUCACUAGCGAGGCUAGCGACAAGUGUAACCGAGAAAAGAGAAAGACAAUUAAUGGGGACGAUUUGUUGUGGGCCAUGGCGACGCUAGGGUUUGAAGAUUAUGUUGAGCCUCUCAAGUUGUAUUUGCAGAUGUACAGAGAGCAGAUGGAGGGUGACAGUAAGGUUCGCUCUGCAGACCAGGGUGGAAGAAAGGAUGUUGUUUCAGUCCGUGGAGACUAGGUUACUCAGUUAGUGGUGCAGCAGGGAAAUGACUUCUUUUGUUGAUGCUGCGAUUGGAUUGAUGGAAUAUGCACACCAAUUAAAUCUUGUUUGGGUUAUGUUCUCACAGUAGAUUCUAGUAGGGAUAUUUAUUACACCUCAUCAGGUGAUGUGGAGGCCAUCUGGUUCAGGAAGUAGUAAUUGAUAGUAAACUACUGGUAUUACUCUGCUAGUGCAGUUGGUAGUACCCCUGCCAGCAGGGGCCCCAGGAGGUCAUGGGAUCAACUGUCAAGCUUCACCUGGGGGAAUGUGUUUUGCAAUUCAUAGUAUUGUAGUUGAUCACGUAUCACAUUUAUUGGAUUUUAGGUUUUAAAACACCACAAAAGUGAAUUUACGGUCACAAUUACAUUUGUUAAUAGGAUGCAAACACUCAAAUCUUUUCUUUUGCAAUUAGUGUAAUGACCUUUGGUUUUAUGAUUAAUAGGGUUUCAGAUGAAUUGGAAUGAUGUUUGAUAACACUCUUGAAAUGCCUCGUAAUGAAAUAUAUUUUUGGUGUUUGAUA